GAUAAUUUGAGACCUAUCAAGCGGCAAAAUCAAGCAAGUUGCUGCCUACUCAUCUCACGGGGUAGAAUACUUGGAUACUGACCGCGGCCCUUAAAAGAACCGCUUUAUUUCCUGAACUGGAAAACCUCCGGUCAUUGAAAAGAUUGCUUUAAGGCAGAACCCUAAUAGUUUCCAACUAAUUUCAGUUAAGUUCCAACCUGGGAGGACCUGAUUAUAAAAGUGCAUCUUGGAAUUUGGCUGCAUAAAAUUCGUUACACAAACUUACUUCUCUACUUCCUCAUCAUACUAUCCACGGUGUUUCACUACAGCCCCGAAUUUAUACUUAUUAUAUACAUAUAUCAAUCAUGACUUCCCGACCCAGUCCAAAUGACAAACCUCCCGAUAACUUAGAUCGUCCUCACCAAGUAGCCCGUUCCAAAAUCUCCGAACGUGAGAAUAGAAGGGCAGUGACCUAUCCGCUAGUUCACGAUCGCCAUAAAGGUAACCCCGCUAAAAAUAAAGUCAUCCGUGUUCGCGAGCCCAGUUCUUCAAUCAGCAACAACAACAGAAAAGUAGAGCCUGAUGUAAAUGAUCAAAAGCAAAGGCCUGAUAAAUCCAAGCCACGACGUCUGAUAGCCUCCAUAUUCGGAAGAAAAAAAGCCGAUCAGACGACUCGGAAUCACGAGGGAGAAGAGAUGAAUGUGGAGAAUGGGAAGGCAAAAGGAAAGAAGGAGACGGGCGGGAGUAAGAGUGACAAGAAGCGCAUAAAAAUACCUACAUUAGGGCAGUAUAUUAUGAACGAGGGACCGGGAAGAACGAGGUAGGCGAGUAUUGAAAGGGAUGGAAACUAGUUUGGUCGUAACUAGAUCACUCAGAAGGAAUGUUGAGAAGUACUAGGGGUUGGACGGCUGGGUUACAGAAUGCGCGAUUAUUUAUGUUUAUUCUAAUAUCAAACUUAUUAUAUGAAAUCA